AGAAAGCUCACACAGAGAGAGAGAGAGAGAGAGAGAGAUAUGUCUGGAGAAGCAGGGUUACGGAGCCUUGAAGAUACACCAACAUGGGCAGUGGCAACUAUUUGUUUUGUUCUGAUUUCAAGCUCCUUACUAAUUGAGUAUGUCCUUCUUCUCUUAUCCAAGUACUUCAACAAGAAGAGGAGGAAGUCUCUAUUUCAAGCUCUUGACAAGAUCAAAUCAGAAUUGAUAAUGUUGGGGUUCAUCUCUUUGUUGCUGACUAUUAGUGAAAGGCAAAUUGCAAAAAUAUGUAUUCCAAAGAGUGUGGGUGAGACUUUUCUUCCAUGCCAACGCAUAACAAGUGAUGGGGAGGAGGCAACCAAAUGUGCAGAGCAGGGAAAGCUUUCUUUAUUAUCAAGAACAGGUGUCAGACAACUCCAAUUCUUAAUCUUUGUGCUAGCCUUGUUCCAUGUUUUCUCUUGCUUCCUUACAUUCAGCCUUGGAAUGGCUAAGAUGAAAAGGUGGAAAUCUUGGGAGGCACAAACAAGAACAUUGGAAUACCAAUUUUCAAAUGAUCCAAGAAGGAUCCAACUCACUCAUCAAACAUCAUUUGGGAGGCAACAUCUACAAUUCUGGAGUGAGCACCGGUAUCUUCGCUUGCUGGCUUGUUUCUUUCGCCAGUUCUACAAAUCCGUCUCCGAAGUAGACUAUUUCACUCUCCGCCAUGGAUUCAUUAUGGCCCAUUUUGCAGAAGGAAGCCACUUUGACUUCCAAAAGUACUUAAAAAGAGUUUUAGAGAAAGACUUCGGAGUAGUAGUGGGAAUAAGCUUCUGGAUUUGGAUCUUCUCAGUGGUUUUCAUAUUUCUAAAUGCACAUGUAUUUUACAGUUAUUUCUGGCUUCCCUUUAUUCCAUUAGUGAUGCUAUUGAUAGUAGGGACAAAGCUACAGGCUAUCAUAACAAGGAUGUGUUUGGAUACCAAUGAUAAAUCUCUCAUUGUCUUAGGAACUUUGCUUGUUAGGCCCAGUGAUCACUACUUCUGGUUUGAGAGACCAAAAUUACUUCUCCACCUUAUGCACUUCAUUUUAUUUCAGAACUCAUUUCAACUAGCAUUCUUCACAUGGACUUGGUUCAAAUUUGGGUUUAGUUCUUGCUUCCACCAAGGAACUGUGCAUAUUGCCAUACAGCUUUGCAUGCUUUUGGUGGUUCACAUCCUCUGUGGCUAUGUAACACUGCCUCUAUAUGCUUUGGUUACACAGAUGGGAACAUCAAUGAAGAAAGUAGUGUUAACUGAGGAAAUGGUUAAAGGUCUAAAAAGAUGGAGAGCCAAGGCCAAGAAGAACUUAGCCAGAAGGAACACCAGCUCAACACUUCACUCCUUGGAUGCUUCCAUUACUUCUCUUGACACUUCACCUUCUUUCAACACCCUUCAUCGUUCGCCCUCCGUAGACCUCGAUAAUUUGUCAAUUGAUGGUGAUUUUGUUGCCGUUGAAGUAAAAAAUGAAGACAAUGUUGCCGGAAAAAGAGUAGAACACCAUCAGAAGUUUGGAUCAUUUAGGGGUUUUGACUUACGCGAAGCACUGUAAUUUUGCCUACAUUUUUUUGUAUUUAUUUUUUCUCCCUAGUUCGGUAUAGCGGAAGUCUUGUCACUACAAGAAUUUUUACUUUUGGCGACUAAAUUUUUAGUCGCCAAAGUUAAUUUUUAGUUGCCGAAUGGUUUUGGCGACUAAAUUAUUUGGUCGCAAAAGUAGUCGCCAAAAAAUUUAGUAAA